AUGCAGCUCCGAUGCGGACGCGAGGGCGGGAAAGAGGAGGGGAGGGUGGGGAAAGAGGAGGCGAGGGCAGGGGAAGAGGAGGCGAGGGCGGGGGAAGAGGAGGGGAGGGUGGGGGAAGAGGAGGGGAGGGCUGGAGAAGAGGGUGGGAGGGUGCAAGAAGGGAGAGGGAGGCGGGGGAAGAGGAAGGGAGGGCGGAAGAAGAGGAGGGGAGGGCAGGCCGGGAAUUCAUUCCUCUUCCCCCGCCCUCCCUUUCUCUUCUCCCGCCCUCCCUCCCUCUUCUCCCACCCUCCCCCCCUCUUCCCCCGCCCUCCCCUCCUUUUCCCCCGCCCUCCCCUCCUCUUCUCCCGCGCUCCCCUCUUUUUCCCCCGCCCUCCCCUCCUCUUCUCCCGCCCUCUCCUCCUCUCCUCUUCCCCCGCCCUCCCCUCCUUUUCCCCCACCCUCCCCUCCUCUUCCCCCGCCCUACCCUCCUCUUCUCCCGCCCUCCCCUCCUCUUCCCCCGCCCUCCCCUCCUCUUCCCCCGCCCUCCCCUCCUCUUCCCCCGCCCUCCCCUCCUCUUCCAAUACCACAGUUCGUGGCGGGAAGAUGGCACAAGGCGGGCAGAUGGCACAAGGCGGGCAGAUGGCACAAGGCGGGCAGAUGGCACAUGGCGGGCAGAUGGCACAUGGCGGGCAGAUGGCACAAGGCGGGCAGAUGGCACAAGGCGGGCAGAUGGCACAUGGCGGGCAGAUGGCACAUGGCGCGCAGAUGGCACAUGGCGGGCAACAAGCCAACCUUCUCCUGUCCUGCUCACACUCUCCCCCCUUCCUCUCCCUUCUUCCCUCCCUCCCUCCCGCCCCCGCAGGUACCACAGUUCGUGGCAGACAGUUCAUGGUGCGGCUGGAGGUACCUGAGGGAGCAACAGCAGAGCUCUCAGUGGGGUUCACAGCAGCGUCCCUCCUAUUCCUGCUCUUCUCGCCUCUCACUCCUAUUAUUCCCCUACCUUCCCCCCUCCUUGCCCCUCUCGCCAGUUCAUGA